AUUGAUAUAACAUUAUGUAGACUUUGUCCGGACUUCCACCUAGCUAGACCUCAAACAUCGGGGUGAUCGCAUUUCAGUUUGUUUAGCCAUCAGCGAAAUAUUAUCGAGAGCGAUGCAGUUGUGGAAAGUGAUUGUGAUUUUUUUGGCGUGGAUCAGUUGCGGGGCUCGGGGAUUUCCCACGUAUGCCAACGAAGGUCACCCAUCCCAACAACUACGGCAAGAACACGUACCCUUUAUAGAAUACAAAUAUGUGGUGAAAACGAUCAUUCCUAAGGAAGGAAACUGGUGGAAAAGAGGGACGCAUCGGUUUUAUGUCGAGGAACGUUUGCCGAAAAUCAUCGAGGCAAAAUGACGAUUUUCUUCAGUUCAAGCAAGGUGGAUUAUACAUUCAUCAUGAGUUCAAGAAAGUGGAGAGAGCCUAGUCAUUCCAUAAUAGACUGAUAAAACAGUUGAAGUGUUGAAGUGAAGUGUUGACAGAUGCAUUACUUCGUGUGUACUUAUUUUUUUAUUAUAUAAUUUUAUAAAGAA